CUUCCUCUAAAGCUAACCGAUAUGUCGCUAUUCGAGUUCAAAUCGUUGAAGCCUUUCAAGUACCCUCCUUUAUCCCCAUUGAAGAGAAUAUUUCGUCUAGUCCAACUUCUCCCGCCAAAGCCUUCUAUCAUACCCGGCGCUAAUGGCACAAUUCGAAUCAGGCUAAUAGAGGCCGAUGUUGAUUCCGGCAUGCACUACGAUGCUCUCUCAUAUGCAUGGAAUUUGGGACCGCGUUACCAAGAGCCGAGUAGACAGGUCAUCGUCGAAACAGAACAAGGCUCUUAUAAGCUGUAUAUUUACCCAGCAUUGGAGAUUGCGCUACGCUAUCUCGUCUCCAUUCAGAUGACGGAGUAUCUUUUCAUCGACCAAAUCAGCAUCAACCAGAGAGAUCGCAGCGAGAAGAGUCACCAAGUAUUGCUUAUGCAAGAUAUUUAUGCGCGGUGUGCUCGCACAAUUGUCUGGCUAGGUGCCCCAACUCGAGAGUCCGAUCAAUAUUUUGAUCUCGUUUAUGAAAUGUCUCAAGAGGGGAUACUAAGCAGACUCAUGGGGCCUCGGCUUAGCCAGUUCAUGCGCGUUUUCGAUGCCGUAAUGGAUCCAUCUUUUCCAGUUAAUGAAGAAGAGCGUGAAGAUCGAGAUGAUUUACUGGACUUGAUCCAACGAUUCGGCGACCGGUUCCCACUAGAUGGCUUUGCCGAUGUACUUGAUCGAAACUGGUUCAGCCGCUUGUGGGUUAUCCAAGAGGCUUGUCUGGCUCCAUCAGUAAUCUUUGUAUGCGGCAAAAAAGCUCUUUGCUUCGAUUGUUUCCGCUCUGGUGCACUCUUUUAUAAUAUAUAUAACACCCACUGGGUAGGACAACUAACCGGCCCAGUGCCUCAACAUGUACUUCGUCAGCGAGACGCUCUUUUUGGCAAGACGGAUGGACUCAGACGGAUAUUCCAAGAGCGUAAAGCAAUUCACCAAUCAGGCAUACGACUGGGCUUACAUGACCUUGUACUGAAAUACAACGUUAAUGAUGAUAAUAAGAAAAUCGGGGUAACGCUAGAACAAGACCGAAUUUUCGGCUUACUGGGACUAGCGGCGAAUAAUGAUGUUCUAAGGGCGCAAGUUCAUGUCGACUACAACUCCAAUGCCACUCAAAUGUAUUCUGAAAUUGCUGGAUUGCUUCUACAAGAGAGCAUCGACGUCUUGCUGUUCAACCAGCACCCAAAGAAAACAGCAGAUUUGCCCUCGUGGGUGCCAGACUGGGCGAUGAAUCUUACUAUGCCAGUAGCAUACUCAAACUUAAAGCAGCCUACCUUUGCUUCUGGAGGGUUGACGACGAAAGAAGCUCCUGUUACAUUUCAGGGAAAUCAUGCCCAUCUUCGCAUCAAAGGAAUCGCUGUGGACGAAAUAGCAGAGGUGGGAACACAGCUAUAUCGCGCACAGCUUCGUCCGCAAGUGGCAGAACAAGUCGAAUAUCGUACGGCAAAAAUGUUUUUCGAUGAAGUCACUCAAUUCGCAAGAGCAGCAGCUGCCGCGAAUAAAGAACAAGAUCCCUCCGACCCUGAGAACACACCGGAACUUGGACUGUUGAUGCGCCUGUGCGACUCCAGUCUUUCUUAUAGACAUUUUACUCAAGCUCUCGGUCUAUCUGGUGGUCUUGAGAGACUUCAUGCUUUGCACAGUAGUAUAUACACACUUGGAGAACGACUCAUCAAAUCGGACGAGAUAAUUGCGUCGUAUCACAUCACGCGUAUCUAUCAAACAAUAGGAAUCGUUCCUUGGUAUUUGAGACAGAUGUCUGAGAUGGAUAGCUUACAAAUCUGCGCAGUUAAUCCGGUUUUAGCAGGCAAAAUUGCUUAUGAGGCUGUCAAGGACUUUAUCACAGACAUGGCUGGCUUGCUCAUCGCCUCAGCAAGGGUAUGGUUUGCAUCAAAGUACAUCGUAUUUCGUCGCCGUUUUAGCAAAUUAGACCUGCGACCUUCUCGCGAGAGCGUUGAAAGGGUUGGGCUCGAUCCGAAUGUUAGCCUAAGUCCGGAUAUGAAUAUUCUCACCUCCAAUAUGCUCAAAAAUAUGAGGAGAAAGUUAUAUCGGACAAGUGCUGGGUAUGUAGGUCUAGGGCCGCCAGAAAUGGAAACAGGGAACUCCCUUGUCAUAUUCCACGGGGGCACAACGCCACACAUUUUGAAGAAGCUAGAUUCUCAGUGUGGAUCUGACGAGUACCAAUACUUGGGCGAGGCGUAUUGCGACGGAUUGAUGGACGGCGAGAUUUUUGAAGACAACACGAAGUCUGAGCGAAUGUUUGUCCUAGUGUAAGCGCCUAUGGCUAGAGGCAAAUGUUAGAAAGGGUCAGGGCACUCGGGAGAGCACACACAGUAGCCAA